AGACAUUUCUAAAUUCUAGCUUCGAUUUGUUUAGACAUUAACGUCAGAGCCAAAACGUAGUUGCUAGUCCUAAAAGCCACGCGAUGGAGGACAGUCACCAGGACAUAUGCCGGGUGUGUCGGUCGGAGAGCUCGCCUGACCGGCCGCUCUUCUACCCGUGCAUCUGCACCGGCAGCAUCAAGUACAUCCACCAGGAGUGCCUGAUGCAGUGGCUGAAGUACAGCAAGAAGGAGUAUUGCGAACUGUGCAAGCACCGCUUCCUCUUCACACCCAUCUACGCGCCGGACAUGCCCGGCCGGCUGCCGAUACGCGACAUCAUCAGCGGCCUGUUCUCGAGCGUCGGCACGGCGAUACGCUACUGGCUUCACUUCACGCUGGUGGCGCUCGCGUGGCUCGGCGUCGUGCCGCUGACGGCGUGCCGCAUCUACCGCUGCCUCUUCACGGGCUCCGUGUCGUCGCUGCUCACGCUGCCGCUCGACAUGCUCUCCACCGAGCACCUGCUCGCCGACUGCACGCAGGGAUGCUUCGUCGUCAUGUGCACGCUCUGCGCCUUCAUCAGCCUCGUGUGGCUGCGCGAGCAGAUCCUGCACGGUGGCGCCCCCGAGUGGCUCGAACCGCCUGACGAACCGGCCGCCGACCCGAACGGCAACGACGCCGCGAACGAGGUCGUCGUCGCCGCCGCCCACGAGGGGGCGCCGGCGGGCGAGGAUGCCGCGGACGGGGCGGCGGCGGGCGACGGCGACGACGCGCAGGACGUCAACUGGAAUCCGAUCGAGUGGGACCGCGCGGCGGAGGAGCUGACGUGGGAGCGGCUGCUCGGCCUCGACGGCUCCCUCGUCUUCCUCGAGCACGUCUUCUGGGUGAUCUCGCUCAACACACUCUUCAUCCUCAUCUUCGCCUUCUGCCCGUACCACGUCGGCCAGUUCACGAUCGCCGGGCUGCACCUCGACGGCUACUACGUCGCGUCGCACUUCGCCGGGCUGCUAACGACUCUCACCGGCUACGCGAUCAUCGCCGGCGGCCUCGUCGCGCUGCACACCGUCGCCGCGGCGACGCGCCUCCUCCGCACCGAGCGCGUCGUCGGGCUGUGCUACAUCGUCGUCAAGGUGUCGCUGCUCGUCGUCGUCGAGAUCGGAUUGUUCCCGCUCGUCUGCGGCUGGUGGCUCGACGUGUGCUCGCUGCCGCUCUUCGACGCGACGGUCGAGGAUCGGCUGAGCGGGUUCCGCGCGGCGCCGAGCGCGAGCAUGUUCAUACACUGGCUCGUCGGCAUGGUCUACGUCUUCUACUUUGCGUCGUUCGUGCUGCUGCUGCGCGAGGUGCUGCGGCCCGGCGUGCUCUGGUUCCUGCGAAACUUCAACGAUCCAAACUUCAACCCGAUACAGGAGAUGAUCCACCUGCCGACGUACCGGCACGCACGCCGCUUCCUCGCCUCGCUCGUGCUCUUCGGCUCGACCGUGCUCGUCAUGAUGUGGAUGCCGGUGAAGCUGAUUAAGAGGCUGUUCCCUACGUUCCUGCCCUACCACGUCGUGCUGACCAACGACACGCCCGUCAGCGAGCUGUCGCUAGAGCUGCUGCUGCUACAGGUCAUCCUACCGGCGCUGCUAGAGCAGCCUCACACGCGGCAGUGGCUCAAGAACCUCGUGCGGGUGUGGUGCGGCGGCGUCGCCGGCGUCCUCAACCUCCGCUCCUACCUCCUCGGCGACCUCCCGCUCGCCGACGGAGAAGACGACGUCGUCGUCGGCAACGAGCCCGUGCAGCACGUGCAGCCGGCGCCGCCGCCAGAGGGCCUCGUCGGUCUCGGCGCGGAGCACCACGCGAUCCUGCUCGGCGGCGGACCAACGGGCUUCCAGCCGUACCGGCGUCCCGCGGCGUUCGCUCUGCGCAUCGCCGCUCUCCUCGCUCUCGUCUCCCUCACGCUGCUGCUGGGCAGCGUCGCCUGCCUGGUGGCGCCCGUCUGGAUCGGCCGCCGGCUGAUGCGCGUCUGGAUGGGAUCGAGCGCGAUCCACGAGCUCUACACGACGGCGUGCGGCCUCUACGUGUGCUGGGUGGCGACGCGCGCGAGCACGCUGCUCUACGGUUGGCUGCCGCACGGGCGCGCCGCCAUCGCGGCGCGCGUCCGCGAGCGCGCCGCGCUCGUCGUCAAGUCGCUCGUGCUGACGGCAAUCCUGCUCGGCGUCGUGCCGCUGCUGCUCGGCUGCCUCGUCGAGCAGGUCGUCAUCACGCCGAUACGCAUCCCGCUCGACCAGACGCCGAUCCACUUUCCGUGGCAGGACUGGGCGCUCGGCGUGCUGCACCUGAAGAUCAUCUGCGCGGCGACGAUGAUGGGCCCCAACUGGUGGCUGAAGCGGCGGCUCGAGCAGGCGUACAACGACGGCCUGCGCGACGUGCGGCUCGCCGACGUCGUACGCCGCGUGUGCGCGCCCGUCGUCGCGUGCCUCGGCCUCGCGCUCGCGCUGCCUUACGUCGCCGCGCACAGCCUCGUGCCGGCGCUGGGCGCGGGCGACGAGCUGCAGCGGCUGAUCGCGCGGCGCGUGUACCCGGUGUGCACUGCCGCGCUGUUCGUCAUCGUGCUGCUCGGCGUGCAGACGAAACAGUUCCGGCGGCUCUACGAGCACAUCAAGAACGACAAGUACCUCGUCGGUCAGCGACUCGUCAACUACGACCGCAUGCCCGCCGCCGCGUUGGCUCGACUCGCCCCCAUGCAGCAGCUGCAGGAGGAGGAAGAGGAGGCGCAGGAAGGGAGGGCGAGGUAGCCCCCGCACCCGGCGUGACGGCACGCGCAGACUUGAAAAAGAGCUCCCGUGGAAAAAAAGUAAUCAUACUACGUUCGAUCGAAUCUUCACGAUCUUGUCAAGAUGCCUGGUACGCGCACGUAAACAAGUGAACAUCUCUCGCUUCAGGUGCCCUCGAUCACUGCAUCAGUGGUUGGCAGACGGAUGGACACGAGGUCGACAGAUAGGAUGGUAGCAGCGCAGGUGCCAACAUAGGUGGCGCCGGCAUCUGCGGUGGAGCCAUGUUUUCAUGCGAAUGCUCAGUCAGUAUCUACUAAAGCCUUUAAAUGUCUAACGAACACUGAGCUGCUUCAGGUUUGUGUAUAUUGGAGGCGCAAAAAUGUACCACGUACACGUAGCGAGAUAUAUUUUUCUUCUUUGCAUUGACAAAUGUAUUAUUAGCUGCAUUGGGUAGAUUAUACACGCAGGCAGAUGUAUGCGCGUGUAUGUAUAUAUAUAUAUAUAAUAUAUGUAUAUGUAUAUAUAUACAUAUAUAUUGCUGCGCAUCGUGUGUCGGCCUACGUGAUCUGUUAUCCUUUCUUAGGCCAAUACACAAUGGGCUGAUUAAACUGAAAUUGUUGUUAGCCGGAGUGCGUGACAUGACCUUCUAGUCUCUGUGUCAAAAGCAUGCACUUUCAACAUUUAGCAGAGUGUGCGCGAUGUAUUUCAAAUGAAAUGGGCCGAGUGACAACAGUUCAUGUCAUAUUUCGUCCCGAGAAAUGUCCCUUUGGAGUAAUAUGUACUAAAUAUGAAAUGAUUUGUUUUGCUAUAUCAUUUGCUCGACUCUCGUAGCUUUUUGUAGUAGUUGAAUAAGAAUAUGUUUGUUGCAUUGCGAGCAGUCUUGUAUAGGCAGGGCAUAGGAUGAUGAUGAUUGCUGUGAGACUAACAUUACGCUAAAUAUGAAUAUUAAUAUGAUCAUUAUCAAUGCAAUGGGGUUCAAAGUAUAUUUAACGCUAUUAACUACUAUUCACCAUUUUUUAUUUAAUUACAUCUUAAUUGUUAUAAAGUAGUUUCUUUUCUUGCAUUGAACAUAAGAUUCGUGUAUAUUACUCCGUGAAUAAACGAACCAGCAGCCAUACGGCCGAAUAUAAAUGUUGUAACAUUCCAAAA